AUGAAAGCUGUUCUUGCUGUUAUCUUCUUUGCCUGCAUUGCUGGCUCCAUGGCUACCAAUCCUGCUCAAGUUUUGGGCCCAAUCAUUGCACAAGGUCAAAGCCUUAUUAACACAAUCAUCAAUCAAGUUAAAGAACAAGCUCUUGGUCUUGCACAACAAGUUCUUGGUCAACUCUCAUCAGUUGUUAGUUCACUUGGUGGCCGAACUGACAUUUUUCAAGGCAUUCUCAGUCAAUUCUCAACUGUUUUGAGCGCUGCCGCUCAACAACUUCUUGGUAACCUUAACGGUAUUCUCGGCAGUGUCUCUGGUCUCUUCGGUGGUCGUGCUGAACUUAACAUUGCCGGCAUAUUUAGCGACUUCCUCCAGAGUAUUCAAGGAUCAAUUACUGGACUUGGUCAACAUUUACUUAACCAAGGUUUAUCUGCUGUUCUUGGUGGCCUCGGUGGAGCACGUGCCUUUGGUGACAUCUUCGCGGGUCUCUCAAACCAAUUCGCUACCAUCUUUAACGCAGCUCAAGCUGCUGUCUCAGGUGUUGUAGGCAAUAUUGUUCAAGUUGGUUCAGGCAUUCUUGAUGCCUCAAAACCACACUGGGAACAACUUCAAGAACAACUUGUUGGUCAUGGUGUCAAUGUUCUUGGUUCACUCUCGGAAACCAUCAACAACCUUCAUGGUACAAUCACCGGUGGUCGUUAA